CUUAAUCUACCUUGUGUCCAAGAGCUUAAUUAGCUAGCACUAAUGGCGUGGUCAUCAUCAAGAAGCCCAGUAGCGUGGCUGUCACUCGCUGCAGUUCUUGCGCUGGCGGCGGCGCCGUCCAUGGCGCAGAACUCGCCGCAGGACUUCGUGAGCCCGCACAACGCGGCGAGGGCCAACGUCAGCGCGGCGGCGGCGGCGUGGAACGACACGGUGGCGGCGUACGCGCAGAGCUACGCGGCGCAGCGGCAGGGCGACUGCAAGCUGGUCCACUCGGACUCCGGCGGGAGGUACGGCGAGAACCUCUUCUGGGGCUCCGCCGGCGGAAACUGGACGGCGGCGAGCGCCGUGUCGGCGUGGGUGUCGGAGAAGCAGUGGUACAACCACACCAGCAACAGCUGCUCGGCGCCGUCGGGGCAGUCGUGCGGGCACUACACGCAGGUGGUGUGGCGCAGCUCGACGGCGAUCGGAUGCGCCCGCGUCGUGUGCAACGGCAGCCUCGGCGUGUUCAUCACCUGCAACUACUCGCCGCCGGGCAACUACAUUGGCCAAUCCCCCUACUAACGACUGUCCACAACGCAGGACGCAGCUGCACGCAGGACUAUCGUAUAUACUCCUAUGUAAUGUAAUCCUUCGUUUUAUUUUACAGUACUUCACAUGCAUAUAUAGUACCCUCGUUCGUCACCCGUAGCAUUUAGUAUAUAUACUACCUACAUCCCUCUAUGUCAAAUAAAAAAGAUCGGGGUAGUAUAUGGUUAUGUAUGUAUGUAUGUAUGUAUGUACAUGUGCCAGUGAGAAAAGCAUGUCAGAUUUGCCUUUGGGGGUUUAACUUGUACGUACAGUGAUUUUUUUUUCUAAAAGUAAUGGAAAGAAAU